AUGACGAUGGACAGAGAGAAAGAACGAGAAAUUGAACUAGAAAGUGCAAUGUAUACGAAUUGUUUGAUUUUAGGUUUGGAUCCAUCGGUUAUCGGAAUCGGAGCAUCGAAUUCAACUCCUCGUGUUGGAGCAUUUCGUCAUUCUAACCCUAAAUUGGGAGAACAGCUUCUGUAUUUCAUUCUCUCUUCUCUUCGAGGACCAAUUCAAUCUUCCAAAGAUUUCGAUAAAGUUUGGCCGAUUUUUGAUUCCGCUCAAUCACGUGAUUUUCGUAAGGUUGUGCAAGGGAUUAUUAGUGAGCUUGAGUCACAAGGAGCGCUUCCUAGAAGCAAUUCGAGGGUUUCUUCACUUGCUACUUGUUGUGGACCUAGGUUUGUUGAGCUUUUGUGGCAACUUUCGUUGCAUGCCUUGAGAGAGGUUCAUCGACGGACAUUUACUUCAGACAUAGCAUCUAAUCCACUGCCUACGCCAUUGACUGAUGUAGCAUUCUCACAUGCAGCUACUCUACUUCCAGUUACAAAGGCAAGAAUAGCCCUUGAAAGAAGGAAAUUUUUAGAAAGUGCAGAAAUGGCUGUGCAACGGCAGGCAAUGUGGUCUAAUUUGGCUCAUGAAAUGACUGCCGAAUUUCGUGGGUUAUGCGCUGAAGAGGCUUAUUUGCAACAAGAGCUGGAAAAGCUGCAUGACUUAAGGAAUAAAGUCAAAUUGGAAGGAGAACAAUGGGAUGAUCUCGUAUCAAGUUCGAGUCAGAAUUCCCAUUUAGUUUCGAAGGCUACUCGCCUAUGGGAUUCUUUAGUAGCUCGUAAAAGUCAACACGAAGUUCUUGCAUCAGGCCCUAUUGAGGACUUGAUAGCUCAUCGUGAGCAUAGGUACCGAAUCUCUGGAUCAUCUCUGCUUGCAGCCAUGGACCAGAGUUCCCAGGCUCCUUAUUCAGAUAUAUUAUCUGGUGAGUCUGGGGAUUUGUCUUCAGUGCAAAUGGACACCAAAGAGGCGGUUGAUGGAUCUCAUUUUAGUAGUGAGACAUUGACAACAGUAGAUGACAGAAAUGGGAGAGUCCACCAAACUGUUGACAUAGCAGAAGUUGUACGGCGAUGGACACAUGCUUUGCAACGUAUCCAUAGACAAUCACUUCAUCUGGCAAAAGCAAAUGAUGGAGAGGGUCCAGAUAUAUUGCGCAGUGCACAGGAAGGCGGUUCAAGUGGCCACGCCGAGUCUUUAGCAGCAACCCUUGCAGAGCAUCAGCAACAUUUGGCUAGCUUCCAGGUGCUUAUUAACCAACUCAAAGACGUUGCCCCAACAAUUCAGAAGUCUAUAUCAGAGUGUACAGAAACGGUGAAUUGCUUGACCUCCAAUCUAACUCCACAUCUAUUGAACAGACAUCAUAGCCAGUCAACACCACCUAUCCAAGCACAGAGCAGCGGGAGGAUGGAAAGUAAUACCGAUGAUGUUAGUGAGUUGACUUCAAGAAUGUCUAAUGUUCAGCUUGACAAGGUUUCUGUUAGUCCCUCCACAUUAAAACUUCCUCAGUUAUUUAGCAUGACCCCAUCUUCUGGGAAAGCUGGAAAUGUGCAAAGGCGGCAUGGUAAUGCUUCUCAAACCAGCCAAACAGAGAACCUUUCUGUUACUAAAUCUUUGGAUGCUCCUUCAAAUAACGAAGUAGCAAGUUCAGAAGGUAGUGAUAGUUUCUUUGUCCAGAAUUUGAAGAGGUCGGUAAGAGAAGCUGCACUGUCAUUGCAGUCAUACAAUUUAGAGUCAUCUCUGGAUAGCCAAUCUGAUGGAUAUUCUGAGCACAUCUAUGUCCCUCUUUCAGAGAGUAGCUUUUCUCAUUUGGAUGCAGAAAAAAAGGCAUCGAGGAGCAAAAGGUUAUUUGUAUCUCCAUUGGAUGAUCCUUUGCUUCAGAGUCAUGCAUCAGAUGGACAGGAGAGCACGUUUGAUGAAUAUCCAGAUAUGUUGAAUGACUUGGAAGGGCUUUCUGAUUAUGACAAUUUAAACGGGUUUCUCUCGUAUGCCGGUUCAAAUGAAACAUCUAAUCCACGAAGGUCAAUGUUUGAUUUCGAAGAUGCACAAGAAGUUUUGUCGCCACCUAUGAUAAUGGACUCUGAACAUUAUGAAGACUUGCUUGCCCCUCUCUCCGAGACCGACUCGGCAUUGAUAGACCAUUGA